UUACUCUUUUCCAGACCGCCUUCUCAUUCAGACAGUCAAAGAAAGAGAAUCUUAAUAGUAAUCAUCAUUUCACAUGAUACACUUGGUGAAACUACUACAACCCAAACAGUAACUGUUAGUAGAUCGUCCAUAUUCAUAUCAAAAGGUUGACUUAGUGUAACAAGAAUCGAUAAAAACGGAUAAAACUGAAUGAACGAAGUUACUUGAAUCUCUGUAACGACAAAGUUUUUCACAACUCGACUGAAUGCUUGUGUUGGAGAAAAGCUAACCAUUGAAGCCAAAUUGUUCAGCCGAUUGUUGAACCUUUUCUGUGUGUUCUUCCUAUGUGUGUGUCCAUCACAAUAUCAGUGUUUAAAGCCGUCUCACAUCAUUCAACUUGUCCAUCUUGGAAUGAUUAAGGAAAUGUCUAUCAAUGUCGCGAAAGUUUACCGGUGAUUUUCACUCUAAAAAUCAUUCUCAUUGCCAUACAAUUGAAAUUAUGCGUCUAAAGGAGCGCAUUGUGAUAUUUUUAAUAGGCAUUUGUGGUGCUCUAUGCAUAUUGUUUGUAAUUCAUGCAAAGAUUGUUGACGAUCAAUUUGAUUAUCCCAAGCCAUACAGGUUCCUUGAUAGUCAAGACUUUGCUCGCCUUAAUGAGCAAAGGUCACCUGAGAGUGGACAUGGUGAUACAUUUAAAAAGCGUGUGCUUUACCGUCAAAUAUCACGAGAAUAUGAACAACAACAACAACAGCAGCAACAUCAACAAUCAGCACAAAAACAACAUCCUAUUCAACAGCAAAAACUAACCUCUAAAGUUGGUGAAAAUUUAAAUUCAUUAUCAAAUGGCAAAUUGUUAUCAUCUUUAAACUCAUUGCAAUUGAAAAACACUGAAUCUGUACAAAUUGGAAAUGAAAAUUACAAUAACAUUGAUUACGUUAAAAGCAAUGGAAACCAUGGAGUCAACACUUUGGUCUCAUCUUCAUCUUCCCUCUCAACGGUUAACCAUCUUGGUGAUAUUGUUAUUGUUGAUGAUGAUUUUAGUGAUUUGGUGAAAAUUGUGAAUAAUUAUAAUAAUAUCAAACAACAAAAACAGCAACAACUUAAACCAAUUGGAUCAAUUAAAAAGGAUAAAGUUAAUCAAGUGAAAUCAUUGUCAACCAAAAAACCAGGAAAAUCAACUUUAAAGUCAACCUUUUAUGACAAUAGAGUUUCAACUCGAACAAAAAAGUAUGGAUUAAAUCCAAGUUUAGCUCAACUCCUUAGCAUUGACAUAAAACGCAAUUUAACUAAUUGGGAAAAGUUUCAUCUCAACAUUCAUCAACAUGAUUUAUAUACAGAAUCCGAGUCAACCAUUGAUGAUCUAUUGAAAGACAUGGCUACUUUACCAAUUGUCCGAGUGGGUCAAAAGGAAGGAGGAACUCAACUUAAAUUAAUAAUCGACUAUCGUAAUUCAGGUCAAGCUUUAUUCAAACCAAUGAGGUUUCCUCGGGAUAAAGAAACUGAUCCAAAUCAUUUUUAUUUUGUUGACUUCGAAAGGCACAACUCUGAGAUUGCAGCCUUUCAUCUUGAUAGAAUUUUAGGUUUUCGAAGAGCUCCUCCCGUCGUUGGUCGAGUCAUCAAUAUAACUUCAGAGAUUUACGCUCUCAGUGACGAUGCAUUACUGAAAACAUUUUUUGUCUCUCCUGCCAAUAACUUGUGCUUCCACGGCAAAUGUGGUUACUACUGUGAUACAGCUCAUGCCAUUUGUGGACAUCCAGAUACAUUAGAGGGAAGCUUUGCCGCUUUCCUGCCUUCAACUACUUUGGCUCCAAGAAAGAUUUGGAGGCAUCCAUGGAGACGAUCGUAUCAUAAAAGGCGUAAAGCAAUCUGGGAAACUGACGAUUCUUAUUGUGAUAACAUUGUCCGUAAAACUGGUCCUUAUAAUAAAGGCCGUCGGUUACCCGAUCUCAUGGACAUGUCAAUAUUAGAUUUUUUAAUUGGUAAUAUGGAUCGUCAUCAUUACGAGACUUUCAGAAUUUUUGGAAACAAUACUUUUCCCCUUCACCUUGACCAUGGAAGAGGCUUUGGUUUGGCCAAUCAUGAUGAACUUUCAAUUCUUGCCCCUGUUCGCCAAUGUUGCCUGAUACGACUUUCAACUGUAACCAAAUUACUUCAAUUUGAUGGACUAAACCAUUUAUCUGACCUUAUGAGGUCUUCACUUGCCUCUGAUCCCAUCUCACCUGUACUCACUGAGCCUCAUCUAGCAGCCUUAGACAGACGAGUUGCAAUUAUUUUAAUGACGAUAAGAAAGUGUCUAACCAGUCGCAGUCCGGAGCAAGUUUUUUACAUUGAUGAAACAUGAUUCCAAUGGCAAUUCAAUCGUCAACCUUUUGAUAGUCUUAAGAGAAAUAAAAUGUAAAAAAUUAAUAAAUAUAAAAAUAUGUUUAAAGCAACAA